GCUCUGUGUGAAUUAUAAGAACAUUUAACAUAAUGAUGACAUGAACUAAGAAGUGACUCAGUGUAGAUCUACUGCAUAUUACAUGCUUUGCAUGGACAUGCACACUCCAUGCUGUAGAUGUCUCCAGAUUUGAUUUGACAGCAAACCACACAGAGGGAAAAGAAGAAGAAGAUCCAGGAAAUAUUACACUUCAGCAUUCAGCAUGAGGAAUUACAGCUGUCGUCCUGAGAGAAGUUGAUGGAGCUGCCAGCAACAAACAGCACUGGAUCUUUGCCCCUCUGUUGUUAGGUCAACAUGGAAAAGGUGAUCAACUGUUUCCAGAGGAGGCCGGAUGCUGUGAGUCGGCUGAUAUGCUUCCCCUGGGCAGGUGGAGGGUCCAUACACUAUGCACGCUGGGGGAAUGUCCUCAACAGCUCUGUGGAAGUGUUUGCCGUCAAACUUCCGGGCAGAGAGAGUCGAGCCAAAGAGCCGUUCUUUCAGAGCAUGCAGCAGAUCGUGGACGAGGUUGUUGGUGUGUUGUUGCCAAUGCUGAAAGAGAAGCCGUUUGCUCUGUUUGGACACAGCUUCGGUGCCUUCACGAGUUUCGCCGUGGCAGAUCAUCUGAAGCAAGUUCACAACCUCGAACCAGUUCACAUCUUCCUGUCUGGUGCUUCUGCACCUUAUUCCGAGAUGCGCAUCAACGCCCCGAAGAGAAGCAACUUAUCUGACGACGAUUUCCUCAAGUGGAUGAGCUCGAUUGGAGGAACUCCUCCUGAGCUGCUGGCAAACCCUGAAGUCCUGAAGCUCUUCGUUCCCGCCCUGAAAGCCGACCUGCACGUUGUGGAGAACUACCGGUGCAACAACCCAGACAAACCACUCCUCUCCUGCUCGGUCACAUGUUUUGAUGGAAAAGAUGACAUUCCUCAUGACUUACAAGCUUGGAAAAGCAUCACAUCAGGAGAUUUCACCACCAGGAUGCUCGACGGAUCUCAUUUUUACCUGAAGGACCCUGGAAAUGAAAAAAUUCUAUUAGACUACAUCACAAAGCAACUGGAAACAUCCGAAAUCGACUAUUUAUGAUUUAAAUACGGACAAUAUCUUAACUGAAAUAUGUCCGGUGGAUAUUAAAGAGUCCGUCGACUCCACAUCUGUCAGGAUUAGAGCUGCAAAUAACUUUUUAUUAUUGAUUAUGUGAUCAAUUUUUUUUUUUUUUUAAUGGAUUCGUUU